AUGCCUCUUCGUCUUGCCAUCCUCGAAGCCGACACGCCUCAGCCGCAAACUCGCGAUCGCUACGGCGGCUACACAGGCGUCUUUACCGCACUCCUCGAAGCAGCGGCCAAGCCUCAGAAGCUCACCGACCUCGUCACCAUCAAGGGCUACGACGUCGUCAAUGAGCUGCACUCGUACCCCGCGCUCGACGACAUCGAUGCGAUCCUCAUCACUGGCUCCCGACACACGGCAUUCGACAACGACCCUUGGAUCUUGAAGUUGGUCGAGUACACAAAAAAGGCCAUUGCUUCGAAUCGAGUGCGCGUCGUAGGCGUCUGCUUCGGUCAUCAGAUUGUUGGUCGGGCUGAGGGCGCCAAGUGCGGCAGAAGCAACAACGGGUGGGAAGUUGCUGUCACAGAAGUUGACCUGACAGCCAAGGGUAAAGAAGUAUUUGGGUUGGACAAGAUGCGCAUCCACCAGAUGCAUCGCGAUAUCGUCGACGCAUUCCCCAAGGAUUCUAUUGCUCUGGGUUCCAACGAGAUUUGCGAAGUUCAAGGAUUCUACUCGCCCGGAAAGUACAUCACAGUACAAGGACACCCCGAGUUCAAUGAGGAGAUUAUUUCUGAAAUUCUCUUCAACCGUCACACCGUUGGCAUUUUCACGGACGAAGUAUACAACGAUGCUAUGAAGCGUGCGCCUCUACCUCAUGAUGGAGUUGCCAUCGCCAAGGCUUUCCUCAAGUUCUGGCGAGAGGGAUAA